CCUACCCAGAAGAUGCAUAGUAAGGACGACUUUCUCGCCUUUUUCAAGUCGUCGUCUGGAUCAACACGGAUAGACCUCCUCUGUCGCGUCCUGCGCUUCUGCUCGCCUCUCGAGCUGCGCUUUAUUGCGUCUGUAUUGGAGGACAUGUGUCGUAAAGAUCAUCACGACUUGCAAAAUAUUGAGCAUCGCAUCAACGCGGCGACGCUCACUGCGGACGGCUCGAGCGUCUCUCUACACGAGAAGUCGACUCGUCGCCGUCUUCUUAUAACAUUAGCGCUUCUGAGGUCGGACAACCAACCCGUCGCUCGUCGCCUCUUCGAGCAGCUGAUGCAGAGUCUGUGCGUAAACGGUGGACUGAAGGACAGCGUCGAGCUGUACGACGAGGGUCUCUUGUUGUUGCUCAUGGCUGCUAAUCAUCCGGCCUUGCUUUUUGACGAGCGUCAGCGUCUGUGGAGGCGAAUCGAACAGCUGACGAGCGGGUCGGAGGUGUCGUUUGCGGAGAAGUCGCUGGUCGACAAGACGGAACCUGCAGAAAAACUUGCCUUGAAGAAAAUCGAGGUGAAAGACGUGCAGCAGCGCGCAGGAACCAAGACCUAUGAGUACUGCAUGGAGGUUUCCUGGUCGGAUGGGAGCGUGAAUUUCGUGCACAAAACCCACCAGGAGCUGUUCGAAUUCCAGAACAAGUUGCUGGACAAGUUUCCUAACGAAGGUGGGAAGAAGAACCGUACUAUACCCUUUCUACCGGGCAAACGGUAUUUGGCGAGAUACAGAGAGCUUGCGGAUAAGCGGCUUCCUGACAUUGCUGACUAUGCAAGGAAACUAGUGCUGCUUCCUGCCAAGAUAUCUCAGUGUCAAUUUGUUCUUGAUUUCUUUUCUGAAGGAAGACAACAACAUAGAAGACAACCUAAUGCUUUGGCUGAUGCUCUAGCUGAUGCAAGUGUGUCUGGGUUGGAACUCGAUGGUCAUGAAAAGAAAGCAGGGGUUGCAGAUGGCAAGCUUUCUUCAUGUUGUCUGGCUGCAACCAAUCACUCUUCACCUUCUUCAACUAGUCUGUCGGUAACACAAGUGUCGUUGUGUUCGCAGCUUGCACCCACUGUUUCUACUGAAACGUCUGCUGCACCCACUACUUCACGAAGUGUUUUUGUUCCUCCAUUGGUACCGUAUCAUGCUGUUCGCCACACUAAACCUGGACAAUUGAUGUUUUUGCAACAGCCUGCCUUUUCAAUUCAACAGCCACAUAUGCAAUUUCGACAGGCUUUUCCUCAGCAGUUUCAACCUUCCUUCAGACAAAAUCUUCCAACAUCUAAGUUUGGUCCACUAAAUGCUUCAUCUUAUCAACCAUCUAUAGGAAUUGCUAGGCCUAUGACACCUACUACAAGAGCUCAGUUUACACAUGCACAUCAACGGAGAGACAAGCAUCACCAUGGAGACGGUGGAUCGUUGCAUAGAGUCCACUCAUUAACAAGGAACUCCAGAAAUGAAGUGAAGCAUGCAGGUUUGUUGAAUUCUUCCUCUUCUCUUCCAUCGUCUCCACUGAUGUCGCCAGUCUUUCCACCUCAUUUAGGAGGUUUUCGGUCAUCACCUUCUCCUAAUUCUUCUGUAACUGGGACACCUUCCCCUAUAGGAAGGCAUAGACAUAGUUCAUCGACUUCUUCAAGUCCUGGUGUGCUGCAGGAUCGGUGUACUAUUACAUCCUUGUAUGAAUGGUUGAAGUCACUUCGUUUACAUAAGUAUCACCAUUUGUUUGAGAAAAUGACUUACGAAGAGAUGCUUGCACUUACUGAAGAAGAUUUAGAGAAAUUGCAACUAAUGGAUGGACCUCGCAGAAAGUUUAUGAAACAGCUAGAAUGUCUCAAGAGUCAAGGCUUCAAAGGAUUUGAUUCGGAUCACCUACCAUUUACAUUUAGGACUACUACAUCACAAUCGAGUCUUGACUCAGACACAUGUACUCAACUUGGAGGUUCGAACAUGAUGGAAACCGAUUUCAAUGAUUCAAAAAGUGUGUCUCCUUGUACUUACUCACCUGGGCCGUCUAACCAGGAUCAUCAGUCCCACGAGCCCGUUGAGCUACUGAAUGAGGAACUUACCUGCGUGCCAGGUAAUUCAUCCAGCACUGCUAAUCAGAUGGAAGAAGCUGCAACAUUUGUUAUCCAGUUUCAUCCACAACCGAAAGGAAAUUUAGUCUCGUUUGCAGCACCAGUGAUGAUUGACUCGAUGCCUGUAGGUGAUGGUGAUUUGUCAGUUACUCACUCUUCUGUGCAUACCGGGGUCUCGUAUGGACCCGACGGUCUUAUCACCAAUGGAGGCAUGUUGUCUGGUGGUGAGUUUACUUCGACGUUUCAAGUCAGCUCUCAACAGCUGCAGUCUGUUAGUGGAGAGUACUCGAUGCCACAUCAACUGUCGUGCUAUAGAUGUGGACAACAUGGUCACAGUGGUCCUAACUGUCAAAACAGCAAAGGCAUGACUACAAACAUGAAAGAGUUUUCACUACGUCUCAAUGCGACUGAUAAAGUUGAAGUUCCAGCUGCUGAUUCUGCUGAUCAUUAAGUGUUUUCUCUCUCGUAUGAGUGGCUACAUGGUUGAUGUUGCAUGACAGCAUUUGUCUUCAUCGUACAAACUGUGCAUGCGGAUUGAGCACUGGUUUAUUUCAGAUCUAUCGUCUCUGAUAUUACCUGGGAAAGUGUAACGACAGAGUGUCUAGUUACGCUGAUAGAAUAUAUUAUUUGAUAUUUUUUAUAUUGCAAAAUAGUAUUUGGAAAUACAGUUGCAUCACCGACACCA